UUUGACAGACCUUGCACUGAUUUAAUUGUCAAAAUAUUUAAUUUUACAAAUUCCAUAACACAAUUCAAUACUUAUUAGACGCAAUAUUCAAAAUGCAGACGUAUUUCAUUGCAUUCCUUAUGCUUUCGGUGCUUGCCAACGCAGUACAUUGUGGACCCGUAUUUAUUUGGAAUUCCGAAGUCCAACCGAAAUCGGUGUUUCCAAGAAUAAAGCAAAGCGAGUUUCUUGAGGUAAUAAAACCUUUACAAGAGACCAAGAUGAUCGCUGCCUUCUUAUAUAGCACGCUAGCCUUCAGGUAUUUCCGUUGCGGCAGUUGUUUCCCAUUUUUAAGUCAACAAACACCGGCAUUCUUCUACGCCAAUGUUGAGAGACCGGAGAAAGCGCUUUCAUCUUUAAAUGUCACCGCACAUUUGAAAGCUAAUAGCGAUGGUAGUUUGGAGACUCAUUUAGUUUGUGAACCGGGGAAAUUGUAUUUAAUCUCAUUGAAUGAAUUAAAGAGAUCGUCAAAUAGCUUGAAAAGUUGCGAUGAUGCAAUUAAAAAAAUAACAACGGCCACAAAUUGUGCAGAAGCUGCCUACAUGUUUAUGGGCACCAAAGACGAAUUGGUCGAACCGAUCGGUCAUCUAUACCAACACCACCAGUUUUCAUUUCAUUUCUCACAAUUCCAAGUGCACACGGCCGAUGGAUUAGACACCAUACAAUUGCAGGGUAUGAACGUGUCAGGUAUGGAUCCCGUUUUAACCGUAGAAUUCAAAGCGAAUAAUUCCGAUACCGCAUUGACGUUCAAUGUGCUACUUAGCAAUGGCUACUUUGAGAUAAAAGCAUUCAAAUACAACGAAACACAAUAUUAUGUAACCGAUCUUUAUGCACCGCAAACGUCUUCGUAUGCAUGUGGUAAAAUCGAACUCCAUAAUGACAAGGAGGCAAUUAUAUUAAGACGGGUGCAAAUGCAAUAUGAUAAAGACAAACGUAUUGCUGAUUUCAGGUUUAAGGAUCCAUGGACAUGUGAGGCUUUCACAUCACCCGCCAUUAUAUCUGGCCUCUUUGUUGCUGCCAUACUUAUCAGUAUACUAUCGGUCGGUGUUGGUAUGCUGAUGAGCGUGCAGGCACCGACUAAAUAUGAUUCAGCACUCGGCCAGAAUUUGUACAUAAAUGUGACUGAGUAAUUGAAGUGAAGUGAAUUUGAUUUAGAAAAAUAAAUCUUUUUGAAAGAAUUUAUGAAAUAAUUUAAUGAUUUCAAAAUUUCAAAAUGUACCUAUGAAUUGUAAAUACUAAUAUUAGGUCUACAACUUUGCUUCCGCCGUCUUUUUUGUAAAUUAAAGGCUUUUUUUGUAUAAAAACGGUUACAAAUGUCGAUGAGCCUCAGCCGCACUUUUCUUGGAAUUUAAGAAGAAAAGCAAAAUUUCCUACAAAUGGGAAUAAGUUUGGGAUGCAAACAGAUCUCUACAAAUAUUUUGUUGGGUUAAUGUUAACACAAAUGUCCAAGAUCGAUAUAAAACGAUUUAAUCGAUUUAAUCGACCAGUACUUGACCCUAGAGACAUUCCCGCAAUUGUUGAGAAUUCGGCUCAAAAAGUGAAAUUUUCAGUUAAGAAUAAAUUUGGGAUGCAAACAGAUCUCAACAAAUAUUUUGUUCGGUUAAUGUUAACACAAAUGUCCAAGAUCGAUAUAAAACGAUUUAAUCGAUUUAAUCGACCAGUGCUUGACCCUAAAGACAUCUAUUAGAAAACGGCGGAAGCAAAGUUGUAGACCUAAUCAUAUUUAAAAUAAUUACAUGAAUUAAAAAAAAUGUAUUUUUGUUAUGGUUUUCCUACAGGGUUACCAUCGUGCUUAUGUGAAUUUCAAUUAACUAACUAACUCUUACGUUCAUUAUACGAUGAUGUCUUUAUAAUAAAAGCUUAAACAGUUCUAUA